UUAAUAAUAAUCAUUCAGUUUCUUCAUCAUCUUGGUAUCUCUAAUCUAAUGGCCUCCAUAUUCUUAUCAUCAAAAUGCGGUUUAAAGCCACUCGCUAUAUCCUCCUAUAUUAAUCCAACAACAAGAGUCUCAGUUUCCAGUUUCCCAGUUUCGAUUAAAUCAUCAUCGUCGUCGUCGAAUCUUUUUCGGCUGACGAUCAAAGCGAGUGCACCCGUGGGUGUCCAGCUUGUUGAAAAGGAUGAAAAAAGAGUUGAUGGGUUUGAAAGUGAGAGUGGGUUCAACCCGGGUGCACCACCACCUUUCACAUUGGCUGAUAUUCGAGCUGCAAUCCCGAAACAUUGCUGGGUUAAGGACCCGUGGCGGUCCAUGAGUUAUGUGUUGAGAGAUGUUGUGGUGGUUUUUGGGUUGGCUGCCGUGGCGGCUUAUUUUAAUAAUAUGGUGGUUUGGCCGUUAUAUUGGUUUGCUCAAGGGACAAUGUUUUGGGCUUUGUUUGUUCUUGGUCAUGAUUGUGGUCAUGGAAGCUUUUCUAACAAUGCAAAACUCAAUAGUGUAGUUGGUCAUCUUCUUCAUUCUUCCAUACUUGUACCUUACCAUGGAUGGAGAAUUAGCCAUAGAACUCAUCAUCAGAAUCACGGGCACGUUGAGAACGAUGAAUCUUGGCAUCCGUUAUCUGAGAAGAUUUAUAAAAGUUUAGACACUGCUACUCGGAUGUUGAGGUUCACUCUACCUUUCCCUAUGCUUGCAUUCCCUUUAUAUCUGUGGGGUCGUAGCCCAGGAAAAAAGGGGUCUCAUUAUCACCCGGGGAGCGAUUUAUUUCGGGCUAACGAAAAAACCGAUGUGAUAAUGUCAACAGUUUGUUGGUCAGCCAUGGUUGCCUUGCUUGUGGGUUUGUCCUUUGUCAUGGGUCCUCUUCAAGUACUUAAACUCUAUGGCAUACCCUAUUUGGGCUUUGUCGUGUGGCUGGAUUUAGUAACUUACUUGCAUCAUCAUGGUCAUGAAGACAAGCUCCCAUGGUACCGUGGCAAGGAAUGGGGUUACCUAAGAGGCGGCCUAACGACCCUUGAUCGCGACUAUGGUUGGAUUAACAACAUCCAUCAUGACAUAGGAACACAUGUUAUACAUCAUCUUUUCCCUCAAAUCCCACACUAUCACUUAGUAGAAGCAACCAAAGCCGCUAAGCCCGUGUUUGGGAAAUAUUACCGGGAGCCAAAGAAAUCACAACCUCUGCCGUUCCAUUUACUCGGACUUCUAGCAAGUAGUAUGAAAAGAGAUCAUUACGUGAGUGAUGAAGGGGACGUUGUUUAUUAUCAAACGGACCCUAAGCUCACCGAUGAUUCAAGACAGUGAACCCAUCAAGAAGUUGGUUCAAGAGUUGGUAUAAUAUAAAUGUGUAUGCAUCAUGUUAAAAGGGAAAUAUUAGGACCAAACAUUGUGAACCAUGUUUUUGUAACAUUUUGAGUAAUAUAACAAAUGGCAAAAAAGGUGCCAUGUCAUAUUUGGCA